AUGAAGCAGAGGAAAGAAUGGCUGAAUCCCGACAAGCUCGCAACUCCUCGAGCCAAACUAGAGUUGUAUAUACGCAAGACAAUGUUCUGGGACUGUCAGUUACCAAUGUGCCUUCUUUGCCAUCAAGCAUUGACCAACGAAGCAAUGAAACCUUCACGCUUGAAGUAUCGCUUUGAUGCAAAGCAUACUGACAAUAAGGACAAGUUGUUGUUAUACUUCUUGCAAUUGAGCUCCUCUUUCAGAAAGCAAACACAAACUUUCAAGACGCUACUCCAAGAAACUAGUAAACAGGAGAAUGACGGAUUGAUUGCAUCGUACAAUAUUGCAUUGCUUGUUGCUAAGUCUGGGAAAUCUCACACAAUUGGAGAAACAUUACUUCGGCCAGUUAUCGAAGAGGUUUUGUCAACAUCCCACUUAGUAAUAGCACUAUUUCUAGACGCAUCGAUGAAACAGCCAUCGAUGUCAAACAUCAGCUCAUUAAUAUUCUCCAGAGUUCUGAAUUUUCUAUACAACUGGAUGAGUCAACUGUUGUGGACAAUUAAUAUUUGA